AGUAUCAUGCUACAUUUGGUUGAUCAACAAAUAAUAGGAUAAGCUUUUAGGGGCUGACUAUGGAUUGGUAAUUGAUUUAUCUCCUUCGAUGUGGUUUAUUGACUUUGCAGCAUUUAUGUAAUUGAUUUGGGAUCUGCUCACGGCACAUUCGUUGCAAACGAGAGGUUAACAAAAGACACGCCUAUGGAGCUCGAAGUGGGGCAGUCCUUACGGUUUGCUGCUUCAACAAGAACCUAUGUCCUAAGAAAGAAUGAUGCAGCUUUAUUCACGAGCCUUCCGCCUCCGACAGAGAUCAUCUUACCACCAUCUCCUGAUCUAAAUGACGAAGAAGCAGUUGUAAAUUACAACACUCAGAUAAACCGGUACGGUCUGGAAAAGCUUUCUGAGCUCCCAGACUUCAAACCCAGUAGCCAUUUAAUCAGAAAAAAACAUGACAGCCAGCAGCAGUCAGAGAGAGAUGCAAAGAGGAGAAAGAAAGCAAGAGUUAUGUUCAAAGAUCACGUUGGUGGUGAGCUGGUAGAGGUUGUCGGGUUUUCAGACGGUGUAGAUGUAGGGACGGAGCCUGGACCGGUUGGGGUCAAAGAAGGAAGUCUCGUGGGGAGAUACGAAUCCCUCGUGCAGAGUGUGAUGAUACCUAAAGGGAAAGAAGCGGCUACUUCGUCAAAGGAAAGUAGUGGUCUUUUGCAGCAAGGGGUUACUAACAAGCUGCAAGAAGUGUUGACUAAGGUCAAAACAGCUCCAACUCGGCAGAAGGGGUUGUAUGAUAGCCUUUAUGACGAGUCGUUUUCUGGAAAACUGGGUUCAUCUUGGGCGAGUUCUUUGGCCAAAGAUGGUCAGGCAAAGACUAUCAGUGGUUUGAGUGAGAACUCUCGGAGUAAGUUGAGCUCGUAUGAUGAUGAUGAAGAUGAUUUAUUUGGAGACUGAUAAAGGGAAUCCAUCUAGAGGCAUGUGUUAGCUUACUUAUAUUUGAACUGAAGUGGAAUGUCGGAGAAUUGAUUAUUUUCGAAAUUGUUGUGAAGCUGAAGCAGCCUUCAGUCCCCGGGUUCUUUUGUACAUGGGGAAACUUUUUGUUGUAGGUUCAUCAAUCAUCAUGGGAAACUUUUGUUUGUAAUUUGGGGUUGAUGCACUUUGAAGAUUUGAUUCAAGCUCAAAGGACAGGAAUGAAAUCAAACUGUGCCACUUGCAGUUGGUUUUAGCUAGACAAAAUUUUUAGCGUCUAUUAAGGGCUGAUUGUAUUAUUUCACCAGCGAAAGAGCUAAGUCAUGACGUCACUCACUACACUUCCCGGGGAAAUCAUUACCGCGAAAAUUAACAGAAAGCCAAACUAAUUAACGCCAUACAGAUACAGCAUUCCUCACCCCUCUACCUCUACGAGAAAUUUCAGAACAGGGGAAGAAGGCCGGCAAUGGGCUCUCUUCCGCCAUCUCUCGAUCUUCCUUCUGAUCCCAAGCACCGUAAGCAGCAGAUCGGCGAAUCCACCCUCCUGGAUCUCUUCAAAGCCCAGCAGAACCACCUGAAUUACUUCUUCCGCUACCAAGAGGGGAUCUUGUUUUGCAUUCUUUCACCAUUGACCCGAGGAAAAAGAAAAAGAAAAUUCUUGUGCUGCCUGUAUGUAUUGUACCCUCCAUUUUUGUAUAAUCAUCUCAUUUCUAGUUCAUUCAGAGGCAGAUUAGAUAGAUGCACAAGGAGAGAGGACUUGACUAAUACCCAAAACCUAUAUUAUGGUCCUUUGUACAUAACUAGUAGUUAAGCUCCUUAACCAUAGCCCUAAAAACUGUGACUUAAGCAUGAAAUAGACAAGCCAUGGAUCUCAUUUCCAAGAGUUGUGGGCAAACUUUCCCUUUCUUGAGAUGUUGACAUGGGCUUUCACAAAUACUCCAAUCCUAACUAACACAAACAGAAACAACUGAGAUGGAGAGUCAAGAUUGGUGCAUCAUGGAUGACACCACAGAACUCUUUUUCCUUCUAAUAAAAAACAUCGUUUUGAAAUAAACCCCAAUAGUUGGCUCUAUUGACAAAUACGGCAUAUUGUUUUCAAAAUGAUAAAUAUAAUAUUUGGAAUAUGCUUUUAUUGAAAAUCAAACUCAAUACGUCCUACUUACUAAACAGUUGAUUCAACGUGUAAGCAAAAAUCAUAACAAAACAUUUAUGUAUAUCACUAUCGUGUAGCAUUGUCAUACUCUUUACGAAUACAAAUAAGUGGGCUAUUGAACCCUUGGCAAAGAUUUAGCUACUUAACAAAUGGAUUACAUGGGUUUGGAUCCCCCUCGAGAUUUUAUCACUUAACACCUGAUUGUAUUACAUUUUACCUCCAGACAAUAUGCUUCCAAGAGGAAUCUUGAAGAGAAAAGCAAGAAGCCAAAGGGGGGAGGGAAUAUUGCUGUGAAAUGCAUAGACAAAGACAAGACAAGAAACCUUCCACACACACACAAAUCCCUCGACAGCAUCAAAACACAUAUGUAGAAGAAGGCAACUUUAUUGGGUGGGAAGGGAUAUAUGUAAGAGAGAGUACUGAAUUGAAUGUUGCUGGUGCCUGCCUGCCUGCCUGGUGGUUUGCUGCCUUGGAGAUAUUUGGUAUGAGACUACUGAGAGGGAGUGGUACUGUGGAUCCCUAGCUAGGCUAGUAGGGCCUAAUUUUGGCAAUUUGGUUUGGAGUAGAUAUUGACCAGCUACUCCAAUUUCUCUUCAAGCUUACACAUGUAGUUGGUGACAACCCAUAGUCAUCCCCUUUCUCCUCCCUCCUCCAUUUGCUUGUUGAAAACUUUUGGAGUCGACGAGAAGUACCAGUUAGGCAGUUACUAAGUUGCAAUAACUUGAAGUUGUUGGAAAAAAUUUAAAAGUUGGUCUCAUUCAUAUAUAUGGUCGUUUGCACGUUUUGUUACAUGAAAAUCUACCCAGUAAACUUGAAUUUGUGUGCCUUAAUAUUUCAGUCAACUUUAAUAUUGGAGUAUUAAUUACCUCUUACUCUUAGGAUUCAAAUGUCAACUCUCUUAAUGAACAAAUACUAAGCUAACAUGUCAAGAACUUACUUCAUAUUGAUAAAUUGAAUCCUUACGAGAGGCACUAUAAAUAACUCAUAUGUUUACAUGUUAUGUCAACCAGAUGAAACUGGUCGCUCGAAGAGUGCACAUGAAACUUUGGACAAUAAGGAAAUGAUGUUAUCUUUAUUGUUGGGAUGGAAUGCUAGAACCAACGAUGGAAAUUUGGGAUUGGGUUUCAACUGACUAGCUAGGCAGAGCUACAAAGCAAAGAUAAAUGCCAUAGCUAGGUAGGUCUGAGAAAACUCAUGGAAUAAUAAUAUAGAAGGAAAAGAGGAGCUAGGGCUUGGAGUGGAGUGGAGUGGAGUGAUUAUCCAUCCAACUACACUCUUUGGGUUGCCUUGUCGGCCGCAAGUCCCCAACUUAGUUUAGUUACACAUGUGCUUGUCAUUUUUUACGUAGCUAUGGAAUCUACUUCUUCCAUCCCCCGCAUACUUCUUUUUACAAGUUAAAAAGAUAGUUUGGGUUUCCUUGCUAAUCAACCACUGUUUGAUGAUAAUUACAUUAGUAUCAUACGACUUUAUAAGGAGAUUUUGCAUGCAUGUAUAUAAGAAGGUAUGUAGUUGGUUAUUAUAUAUGUUCUUGGGGCUAGACCUUAUAAAGUGAUUAACUCUAUGCUUAGAGUAGCUCAAGGUGUGUGGAAAGCAUGUUCUAGUCUUGUUGUUUGGGGCUUAAUAAUUCAGAGAGCGAGACUUGUUGAAAGUCAUAUGAGAGAGAUGUGAAUGUCUAAUUGGUUGGAAUUAACAUACAAUGAAAAACUUGUAAGAUGAUUUUGAAGUUAAGUGUAUCAUUCUACUUGUGCGGGUGAAACAUGAAAGAAAAUAUAUAAGGAGAAGUGAGAGCGAACUCACACCAUAUAUGCAUAAGAAUGUAUAUGAUCAAACAAAGAGAGAUACAUAUAAUCAGAAUGUUGCUUUUAGAAUUAAUUUUUUUUAAUCUCUUCACGAUGAGAAGGUAAUUUCUUUUAAGUUAAGCAUAUCAUUCACUUCUAUCUAGGGCUGGGAAAAUAGACCAGACCAUUAGAAAAACCGUGGUCCACACCGUACCGCACAGUUUGGUCCGGACCGUAGACCGUUAAGUAUGGUCUGGUCUGGUCCAUGGUCUGUAUUAUCUUAUGUUUUGAUCUCUUGGUCUGUUCUAGACCGCGGUUUACCGGACCAAACCGUGGCCCCAACUGACUUGUCAAUACGUGUUAACAGCCCAUUCGACCACUCUCCCAACUCCUACAACGACAACCAAGUCUGAACCUUAGUUUUGUGAAUCUCGUCCCUCCUUCAUUCACAACCACAUUUAACCAGAGAGUAAAGAUAAUCGUGUCUCCAUAUGACAUUAUGUUAAUGUUUAUGACGUUAUGGUGCAAGUUGGGAUGCUUUUACUUUGUAUCUUUGUUAUGUACUAAGAUUUAGAGUAUCAAAAUUAUUCAUGCAUGUUAGGAUUAAUGAUUUAAGGCAAAUAACAAUUAUUUUUCCUGGUUAUUGGUUCAAUUUUUUGUGUGGUUGACUAAACAAAUUAUUCAUUUUUCGUUGAGAGUGGUCUAUGUGGACCAGACCAGACCGAACCAGACCGCACAGGCGUGGUCUGGACCAGACCGUAUAGUCUGUGGUCUGAUCUGUGGUCUAUACUUUAGCCUCUCGGUCUGGACCAUAGACCGUAUAUAUAGUCUGGUCUGGACCAGACCGCACCGUUUCCCAACCUUACUUCUAUCCAUGUUGAUUACAUUAUGCACUACUAUGAUCGAUGUUUUGGCCAAAUUUCCAACCUAACUAAGUGGGUAGUGGGUACAGUUCUGUAGGUGGGGAAGAGGAAUGGGUGUAGGUGAGCAUCAUCUUGUUGGUUAAGCAUUAGUUAAAUCUCUCUAUUUUUGCAAUUAGGUGGGCACCUUUUGCUUUGAUAAUUGAUUAACAUAGUACCAUCAAUCCUCAACUCCAAAAGGGAAAGUCAAAAGGUAAAUUUUUCAUAAACAGAAUUAUGUUUGGUAGUGCUGGUGGUUAUAAAUUAAAUUGGUCAUGUAAAUAAUCUCCUAUCACCAAUCACUUUUUCCCUUUUGUCAUUGGUGCAUAAUUCUAAGCUAUGGACUAGCUUAUGGGGGCCAGAGGCCUUUCUUUGGUUUUCAUGCAUCUUUUACCAUGGUGAAAGGUAAUGGAAGGAUAAGGGAUAUUCUAGUCGCAAAGGGGAACCAAUAGUGGAAAUCAUAUCAACUUCAAAUACUGAUGCCUUUGAUUGACAUGUGUGCUCAAAAUUUGAAAGAUCACUUAGAUAACCUUAACUUCUUUUUUUAAUGUCAAGAGAUUAGCUAAGAUUGUCUCUCUCCUUAAUAGUUAUUGCAUUUUGUUUGCCAAAUCAUAUGAAUCUAAUAUAACCAAAAGAAAAUUUCAAAAGUGAAAACAAUUUAAUGCAAAGUUGAACUCGAAUACGAUAAUGAUUACAUAACUUAAAGAUAUGGAUUAAUCUGACUUGGACAUUUACAUUGAACCAUAGUAGAAAAACACUAUUUGCUAAAAGGAACUAACCUGACUAGUAACUGUACAACAACUUUUGGUUCUUGAAAACUUUAGAAACCAUAAAUAAAAGAGAAGGGGGGAUUAGGGGUGGUCUAGAGAGUUGUUAUUACAAUAAUGAUUGUGAUGAAAAAAUCUAUCUUGUGACUGCAUAAGUUGGGACAUUGUGAUGAAAUUAAUGGAUGGGAGAGGCCCCAUGCAUUUGUGCAAUGAUAAUAUUCUCUCACACUAAUCUCCUCCUCCAUUUUUCUUCCCUUCUUCUUCUUCUUCCAAAAGCCAACAUCUCAUCUUCUUUCAUUCAUUCUUUCUUACUUUUGUAUUAACCCUUUCAAAUCAAGUGGGUAGGAAAGAAGAAUCUGCAACCUAUCAACAAAAUGGAGAAGGAGAAAUUCAACUGAAAUUGAUGAACACAACCCUAUGUAGAUUAGUUGUAGUAAGGAUUUCAACACAGAUUGGAUUUCUCCUUUGUCAUUCAGUAUCUUGUUAGGAAUUUGGGAUUUGUAAUAUAUUGGUCAUUAGUGUUUUUUUUUUUUACUGAUAAAAAUGGUAUCAUGAAAUUUUUUAUCAUGACAGAAAUGAAAUCAUAACCAUUUUACAAACAUGGAACAAGUCAUAAUUAAUGGAGUAACUGAUGGAAGCUAUGUAACUUGGCUCUUACUCUAAUAACUCCAAAACAACCGAAGACUAUUGUUAGGUUCAUGUGAUGCUCCUUAUUCCAUGGAAAUACAAGUUAACUAAAAAUUUAUUUUCUGAUUAAGUUAAGACAUACAUUAUUUUGCUUCAUCUAUAAAAUUACCACGGAAAGAUCUUAUGAGUACACUAAUGAGGACUUAAUAUGCUUAGCCAAGUACUCGUUCAUAUGAGAAGUUGUACCCCAAGAUUGUGUGUAAAAUAGGACACUUGUAAGUUGUAACUACCAACAUCUAUAAAAUUCCCAUAAUAUCAAUCCUCGAAAAAUUAAUCUCACCAUCGUCCUCAUUAUCAUCCAAAGUCAAAUCCACAGAUAGACGGCAACAAGACAGGACACGUGGCCGACAUUCAAAUCAAGAAGAGCAAGAGAAUGAAGGACGGAGAAUAUACCCAAAAUUAGAGAUGACAAUUUCGACCUGACCCGUUUUACUCGACAUGUUUGACCUGCGUUCUCGACACGUUCUUGUCUAAAUUACAUGUAAUCUUAGUCAAAUUACUUAGAAUUUUCCUUUUAUUGCAUCAUAUUUUAGCUAUAAUAAAGUUGUAAAUUAGUAAAAACCUCAAUUACUCCAAUAAUUCAACUACAAUUGUCAUAAUAGUGUUUGUUUUCUUAGUCUUAUAAUAAAAAUAACGAAUAUUUCUAAUGUUUUUUCAUAUAAAUUGCAUGCUCAUUGUGUCGACCUGCCCCGACCCGCGACCCGUGAUCAAUUACCCGACUUGUCACGGGACGGGUCUGAGUACCAAGAAACCCACCCCGAACCUACCCAAUUGCCAUUUCUACCCGAAACAAGAUAGUGGUGGUGUGGGGGGACAUGAUGAGAACAAGAUAGUGGGGGGAAACAUGAUGAGGUGAAUUUGGAAUAGAGGAUCCUUUUGUUUCUCAUUUGUUUGUACAUUUUGCUACCCUAUGAACCCCACACCAGAAUAAAGGUGUUGGAAAUGGAGGGGAAAGAAAGAAAUAGAUUGCACAAAUUAUUUUUUGAUGAAAUUAAAGGAGAGAACAUAAAAUGGAAAAAAAUGAAAGUUGAAAGUCGUCAAUCUCUCACAGGCAAAUAGCAAUUGCCAUUUGCCACCCACUUACAAUUUUUGUUGUAGGGUUCUUGAGAUUUUUUACUAUUGUGGGAGGACCUAAAAAAUUUGGGUGUCACACAUUUUCAAUUGGACAAAAGAGCAUAAUGGAAGAAUAUAAGGUGGUUUCAUCAUCCCUUCAUGUUUGCAACGAUUUUAGCAUGCAUGAUAUUAAAACAUGCCUCUAUUGAGUUCAAAUUUGGGAUCUUUUUGAGGUGCAAAGUUAUUUUAGCCACAACUUAACUUAUAUUUUUAUUUUGAUUAUUCGAGAGAUAAAUAAUAAUAAUACAAUAGCAAUUACUUA